AUUCCUCUCAUUCCAUCACUGAAUCGAGAAAGCACGUGUGAGAAUUUCUGUAUCUUUUUUCCGAAUUACUUAGAGCGAUUUAUUUUUUGACUGACUUCAAAAUGGACAACAUUAAGCGUUCCAGAAAUCUGGCAGUCAUGCAGCAGCAUGAAGUCAUAGAUACGAGCAGUUCCUUGUAUAGUGGAACUUACAGCGACUAUGAUGACCGAUGGGACCUUAAAAAGUUUAAGAAGCAGUUAGAAAUGCACGUGAUUCGGUGUGACAACACAGAAAUGGAGUUUGACAUUAUCAGCAUUGACCCCUCAAUUGUGAAUGCUUUUCGACGGAUUCUUCUGUCCGAGGUCCCAUCCAUGGCCAUUGAGAAAGUAUUCAUGUACAAUAACACGUCCGUCAUUCCGGACGAAGUGCUAGCUCACAGGUUGGGGCUGAUUCCCCUCAAGGCUGACCCCAGAAAGUUUGAGUAUCGUCAAGAAGGAGACUUGCAUGGAACGGAGCAGGACACGCUGGAAUUUGAACUGAAAGUUAGAUGUUCUUGGAACCCAGACAAAUCUGCAGAGUCAACCGAUCCAGAUGAACUUUAUAUUAAUCACAAAGUGUACUCUACUCAUCUAAAAUGGAUUCCGAUUGGGACACAGGGCCAUCUUUUCAGAGCAUCCGAUGUAGGUCCUACGGUUGGAGAUGUCUCCAGACUUUUAACACCCACCGAAAAGAAGGGAGUUCUUAUCAACAAAUUACGCCCAGGACAAGAAUUGGAUAUGAAGUUGCACGCGGUGAAAGGAAUUGGGAAGGACCACGCCAAAUUCUCCCCUGUUGCGACUGCAUUUUACCGACUCCUUCCUGACAUUCAAUUAACGAGAUCUGUAGAGGGGGAACUCGCAGAAAAAUUACAAAAGUGUUUUUCUCCUGGAGUUAUUACCCUCGUAGAAAAGAAUGGUAAGAAAGUGGCCAAAGUGCACGAUGCCAGGUACGAUUCCUGCAGCAGAAACGUCUUGAGACAUGAAGAUCUCGCAGAUUGUGUUCAACUAGGAAGAGUAAAGGACCAUUUCAUUUUUACAAUAGAAUCUCUCGGAGCCAUGCCGCCAGAUGCCUUGUUCCGAGAGUCGAUCCGAGUUUUGAAGGGGAAAUGUAGAAAGUUUUUGGCCGAAAUUAAUCGUGGAUACGGAGAUGCGUGAUGCUUAAUUUUGUUUGUAUAUUUCCUCCAAUCUACUCUUUUAUGUAGAUACGUACAUAUUUAUCGUCAUGCUAUACAUUUAUCUGUACUGCGUUUUAUACCUGAUUAAUAAUAUCCAUAGUUUGAAGUGGUCAAUUUA